UGGAGUGUAGGCAUCGUCACUGGAAAGACCUGACAGAGAGACAAUUCCACUCCCUACCAAAAUGAAGCUGCCGCUGCUGCUGCUGUGUUUGGGACUGACCCUAGUCCGUGACCAUGCAGAAGAAGCUAGUUCCAUGAGACAAAACUUUAAUGUAGAAAAGAUUAAUGGGAAUUGGUAUUCUAUUGUCGUGGCCUCUGACAGAAGAGACAAGAUAGAAGAGCAUGGCAGCAUGAGGGUUUUUCUGGAGAACAUCCGUGUCUUGGAGAAUUCCUUAGCCUUUGAAUUCCAUAGCAUUGUAAAUGGAGAGUGCACCAAAGCAACUGUGGUUGCUUACCCAACAGAGAGGGUUGGUGAAUAUUAUGCCAACUAUGAUGGAUACAAUACGUUUAUUAUACUUCCCACAGUCUAUGAUAAUUAUAUUAUGUUUCAUGUCAAUAAUUUCAAAGAUGGGGAAACCUUCCAGAAGAUGCAUCUUUUUGGCCGAGAACCAGAUCUGAGUUCAGACAUCAAGGAAGAGUUUGCAGAUCUAUGCGAGAAGCAUGGAAUUGCUAGGGAAAAUAUCAUUGACCUCACCAACACCAAUCGCUGUCUCCAGGCCCGAGAUGGAGGAGAGGCCUGAGCCUCCAGCUUACUCAGUGUUGAGUGGAGACUUCUCACCAGGAUUACAGCAUCAUUCCUUCCUGUCCAAAAGCAUGCUGCAACAAGUUCUGUGAUCUUUCCAUCCUGUCUCACAGAAAAGUGCAAUCCCGGUCUCUCCAGCAUCUUCCCUAGUUACCUAGGACAACUCAUCAAGAACCAAAGACUUUCUUUACAUUUCUCUUUGCUGGGUCCAUGACAAUUCUCCAUGAAUUUCUUCCUUUUUCUGUUCAAUAAAUGAUUGCCCUUGCAGUUAAA